CAUGUCGGUCGUGGCUCUUUGCUCCAGAGAGGAAGCAGCGCCAUAAAGACAACCAUGUCCGGAGGUGUAAACGCAAAAAUAAUUAUAAUAGGAUGCGGGAUCUCAGGCAUAUCUGCGGCCCAGAGGCUCGUCAACGCUGGAUUUCAUCAUGUGCGGAUACUUGAGGCGACUGCAAGAAGCGGAGGACGAAUAAAAACAGGAAGACUGGGUGAUAAGGUUAUUGAGAUCGGUGCAAACUGGAUACAUGGACCAUCCGAGGAGAACCCAGUGUUUUGUCUGGCCCGUCAGUAUGGACUGCUGGAUCCAGAAGCCCUCACGCCAGAGAACCAGGCCAUGGACAUUGGAGGACAUCCCCCCUGGGUCCCCAGUGUCUUCUGCAGUUCAGGUCGACAGCUGAGUGCUGAGGACAUCUAUCCAGCUCAGGAGAUGUUUGCCGAGCUGCUGAAUGAAUGUUCAGAAUUUCACAGCGAAGGCAGAGAACCCAAGGCCUGUGUGGGAGACUUCAUCCGGUCAGAGGUGCUGCAACGAGCAGCAGAGAAUUGGAAGGAUAUUGACCCUACUGCCAGAUCCCUGCGACUGUGUAUGAUCAGCAACCUGUUGAAGGGGGAGUGCUGUGUUAAUGGGACACACAGCAUGGAUGAGGUGGGCCUGGGGGCUUUUGGCCUUUACAAGACUCUGCCUGGAUUGGACUGCAUAUUCCCACGUGGAUAUGAAGGUCUGGUCGAGGGCCUACUGUCGGACCUCCCCAGCGGUUUAGUAACCUACAACCAGCCUGUGCGCUGUGUUCACUGGAACAACGCCGAGAAGGGAGGAAGCCCCGUGACCGUCGAGUGUGAUGACGGUGAAAGGAUUGUCGCUGAUCAUGUUAUUGUCACAGUACCUCUAGGAUACCUAAAGAAGCACCAUUCAACCUUGUUCGACCCUCCGCUCCCUCUACACAAGCUGCAUUCCGUCCAGAGGCUCGGCUUUGGAACAAACAAUAAAAUAUUUGUGGAGUUUGACGUACCGUGGUGGGAUGCUGACUGUGAGGUCAUCCAUCUGGUGUGGGAAGAUGAGGAUGCUUUGGUGGACAAGGUGCCAGAUGUACAAAGAUCCUGGAUAAAGAAGUUAUUUGGCUUCACCGUACUCAAACCUACUGAAAGGUACGGCCAUGUUCUCUGUGGCUGGAUUGCUGGCCAUGAGUCAGAGUACAUGGAGACACUGUCUGAGCAAGAGGUCACACAAGCUGUCACACAACUUAUUCGCAGGUUCACAGGGAACCCCACCAUCACCCCAAAGAGAAUUCUGCGCUCUCAGUGGUUUCAUGAUCCCUGGACUUGUGGAUCCUACAGUUACCCUGGGAAAGGCUGUUCAGGCCAGGACACUGAAAACAUGAUGGAGCCACUGCCACCGCAGAAAUCACAGUCACAACCCCUGCAGGUGUUGUUCGCUGGAGAGGCGACUCAUGACUGCUACUACUCGACCGUCCAUGGAGCUCUUCUGUCUGGGUGGAGAGAAGCUGACAGGCUUAUCUCUCACUACUCCUCCGUUAAUUCAUCUGACCAUUCCAAGUCAAAGCUUUGAAGAUUGAUACUGUCUUGCACUAAACCAUCUACCCUUGCAUCUACCCAUUACAUUUGAUAUGUGAUAAACAAAUUACUAUGAUAUCCCAGUUGAUCUUGUGCGGAAGCUGCUGCUUAUUUAAAUCAUGAAUUUUAAAUGUGCCACAACCAAUAAAGUGUGAUACUGAUGAUUUAAGGCUUUUCAGUGCACUAAAAUACAAAUGGACUUCACUAAUAGUGUCGACAGAGCAAAAGUAUACAUGCACUUUAUUGAGAAGUUAUUUUUUAAACCCAUUAAACAUACCGCUUUAAAUUUUUUUUAAUAAAUUUACAGUAGUUAUCAAUUAACAUGUAAUCCUGUUUACACUUAUUUAGUACUGCAACUUCUUUGUCAAUUGGAUUGUCUUAUUGUUAAUGGACUGUAAUUAACUAAGAAUAAAUUUUGAUUAUUUCUGGAAA